UAAGAAAGCUAUAUGAAUCCAUCAAAGCAAGAUAUCCAUAUUACUGGAAGCACAUCUUGCUUUCCACACCUGGUUCCCCAGCCUCUGCACUGCUUCCCUAGUGCUGAGCCUCACGGAACUGACCCGCGUCUCCAUGGCGACGCGUCACAAAGCAUCCAAGCGCCUGCAGCAUGCGAUCCAGCUAGAACUAGAACGAGGGCCUUGACGACUCCCCGUUGAGGCAGGAAUGGCGGCCCUGACGAGUGCCUGUUGAGACAGGAAUGGCACAGCCUGGGCCGGAGGCCCCCUCCCCCUCCCAAUGUGGCCGCAAGAUUCGGCCUGGUAAUACCCACUGGGACUCCUAUGCUACCACGAUGAAGACUGCAUUCACUCCUAAGACAGGAGCAAUACCUGCUUUAAUUCGUCAAAAAAGCAUCCGAAGAUUAGGAUAUACAUAUUUAAUUAAUGAUUCUCUUCACAAUCGGACACAAUACAAUGAUGAGUACGUUUGGAAGUUACAUUCUAAAGAAGAUUUUAUCAAAGCUAGGACUCCAAGAGAGAUUGGGAGUCACAAUUCUCACUCCAGUCAAGUAAGAUAAUACCUACAUAUCUAUUUAAUUGAAUACUGUAUCAAUAAUCCAAUACUGAGAGUUUGAAUAUAUCACAAAGAUCCUUCAUCAUCUACAGACUUCUUUCACUGGACACUACCUCCAGUUCACUCAACAUCAGUGAAGAGGUACUUCCCUUGGAAAAUCGCCGCUUCGAUGGACAAGGUCAGGAAGGCUGUAUCUAAUCAGUUUAUUUCCCAUACUAGGAGAGACUUUGUGGACAGAGCCGAAGCUCAGAAAAUUAAGCAAAGUUCUCAGAUGUUUCUGGAACGGAAAAAGUUACUUCCCCACCCCACAGACACUGAAUUUCGACACAAUUACCAAGUUCCAGCUAAAAUUCCUGAGUGUCAGGAUUUUAGUUUCAAAUAUGGAUGCUACUCACGCCCACCAAUCGCUUCUCAGGGCCUAGUCCCUUCCAUACUAUGCAGCCACAUGAAGAUUCAGGACCGCACAAAGAGGCAGACCAUAUACCAGAGUGACUACGGGAAAGCCUACCUGGAUUUCUUAAUGAUCUUGAACUCAUUUACUCCCUCUCAAGUAACCGAGUACCUGCAAAGUGUUUCCUACAAAGACAGAAAAAUUCUUGAUCGCUUUAUUCGCUCUUACUAUGACAUUGACAAAGGGAUGAAUGAAAAAGGAAAACAGUCCAAGUGAAGAAAAUAUGAAAAUCAAGAAAAGGGCCUAUGGGGCCAUUUUAUAAAAAUAUCAAGGAAAAACAAUAUCCAAAUUAUUCCAAAUAUGAUAUUUGUGACUUUGUGUAAUUUUGUUUUCUUUCAAGGUUAUAAAUCCCUACCCCAUAUCCCAACAAAUCUCUUAACUGUAUCCAGUAGGUUUUAAUAUAAAGUGUUUUCAGCCUUAGCCAGUUUGGCAGUGGAUAUAACGCCUGCCCUCAGACUAAAGGGUUGAGGUUCCAUUCCAGUCAAGGGCCCUAGGUUGCAGGUUGAUCCUCAGCAAGGGCCCUGUGGGAGGCAACUAGUCGAUGUGAGUGUGUCUCUCUCACAUUGAUGUUCUCUGUCUCUCCUCCUCCCUUCCAUUCUCUCUAAAAAUAUCCUUAGUUGAAGCUUAACAAAACAAAACAAAACAAAUAAAAUAAAAUAAAAUAAAGUGUUUUCCUAUUCUCUAUUGGGUACUUAAUCUGUGAUUUUAAUUUAGACUUCCUCUUUGAAACAGGAAUAAUGUGGAAGAGGUUUCUUAAUUUUCUAAUAAUUACAGGAUUAAAAAUAUUUUUAAUAUUGAUUUUUGUAUUUGAAAGUACAAAAAACAUACUUUGGGAAAUUUAGCAAAGUU